CUAACACAACCAAAAGGAGACUGGAAAUUUUGUCUCAGUUUUGAAGAGUAGAAUGCUUCCAAGUCCAAAAUGAAUAGUUUGGUGUAAUGCUUGGAAGUCUAAUGGAGAGAGAGAGAGCCCCACUUCCCCGUUUUAUUUUACCAUAUUAAAAUCAUGCAUAGUUGUUGGUGCUUCUUCCAACUUUCUCUUUGACUUCCUUGAAGGCAAUAUACUUCACUGCAUCAUCACUUUUUUAGGCACCAACUUUGAUUUAUAUGGUCUUCUCUGCAGUGUUGUCCAUAUACAGAAAUUUUAACUUUGAUUAUUCAGACUGGAAAGUGGAAACUGCCCCAUUAUAUAAACUAGUGAAGUGGCCACACGUAUUUGUUAUGUGGUCUUCAAAUAAUCAUUCUUUUGAACUUCGGACUUGAGAGACAGCGGCUUUGGGGCUACGGCUGUGUAUUUUUCUUUAGGUUGGUGGUUCUGGUACUGCCAGUUGAAUUUUGUCAGUAGUUAAAGUAAAUGGGACUUUCUCUUUCCUUGCUCUUCUCCACUUGGAAUGAACUCUUGCAGAACUUUUUUGGUAUCAAAAACACCAUGGAGAAAGUUGUUAAAAGGUCCACAAGCUUUGGGAAGAAAGGUGCAGAGAUGGCCUUGAGAACAAAAAGCUUCAAGGAAGGAGAUUCAGAAACCAUUAGCAAGUCUGAUCCAUCUGAUAAAAAGAAGAUAGAGAAGUCAAUAAGCUUCAAAGACUGGGAUUCCGAGGUAUCAAGGCUUAAGGCAUUUGAACCAUCUGAAGAAGAAACUUUUGACCGAGAGAGUUCAGGUUCAGUCUCAUUGAAGGAUAAAGCUCAUGAGGCAGUUCAAAUAACAAAACCCACAAUAUUGCUCCCUGAACCAGUGACAAUUUUUUCUCCAAGGCCUGUUAGUGAGCUUGAUGCUGCUGCCACUAAGGUUCAAAAAGUCUACAAGAGUUACCGGACAAGAAGAAAUCUUGCUGAUUGUGCUGUUGUGGUCGAAGAGCUCUGGUGGAAGGCUUUAGAUUUUGCAGCUCUGAAGCGAUGCUCAGUAUCUUUCUUCAACAUUGAGAAAGCAGAAACUGCUGUUUCACGCUGGUCACGGGCCAGAAUAAGGGCAGCUAAAGUUGGGAAAGGUUUGUCCAAAGAUGAGAAGGCUCAGAAACUAGCUCUGCAGCACUGGCUUGAAGCUAUUGAUCCUCGCCAUCGUUAUGGGCACAAUUUACAUUUCUACUACGAUGCCUGGUCUGAUAGCAAGAGUACCCAACCUUUCUUUUACUGGCUGGAUAUUGGAGAUGGUAAAGAACUGAAUCUUGAGAGAUGCCCAAGGAAUGAUCUACAGCGACAAUGCAUUAAAUAUCUUGGACCAAAAGAGAGGGAGGCAUAUGAAGUAACAGUGGAAAGUGGAAAGCUUGUUCACAGGCAAACUGGGGUCCUUCUUGAUACCACAGUGGGUUAUAAGUGGAUUUUUGUACUUAGCACAUCAAGAGCCUUGUAUGUGGGACAGAAGAAAAAAGGUGUUUUUCAGCACUCAAGUUUCCUAUCUGGAGGGGCAACAACGGCUGCUGGAAGAUUGGUAGCUCAUGAUGGGGUUCUUGAGGCUAUAUGGCCAUAUAGUGGCCACUAUCUCCCAACUGAAGACAAUUUCAAAGAAUUUAUCAGUUUUCUAGAGGAGCAUAAUGUUGACUUGACUAAUGUAAAGAGAUGUGCAAUAGAUGAUGACUACAACUCAUUUAAAGAUACUGUUGAAAAGCCUAAGCCGAAAGAGGCAGAGGAUGAUCUCCCGAUCACAGACUCAACAAAGACAGAUGCGGUUGAUGGUUCCAGGCCCUUCGGUGACGAAUUUAACAAAGAAAAUAGUAAUGGCACCAAUGCAGCUGCUGCGGAAGCGCCAGUGUAUGACUUGUCAAAGCGUUUGUCAUGCAAGUGGACCAGUGGAGUUGGACCUCGCAUUGGCUGUGUGAGGGACUACCCGCCAAAUCUCCAAUCACAGGCACUCGAGCAAGUCAAUCUAUCUCCUCGAGUUACGCCUGGCAGCACAAGGAACUUUGCCCCAAUUCCUUCGCCUCGACCUAGCCCAAGAAUCCGUGUCUCACCAAGGCUUGCAUACAUGGGACUCCCCAGCCCAAGGGUCUCCACUAACAAUGCCAAUUAGACUUCCUGCAUUCACAGAAUUGGUGAGUGGUCUGCUAAGCAACUACACCUAUAUUCAGGACCUUGGGAAAGUAGAGCACUUUGUCGGGCUAACUGAGUUUUUGUAUUAUAAGAUUGUUCAGUAAAUAGUUUAUUAAACAAAAUUUUGUUCUUUGAUUUACUGAUGCCAUUAACUAUAUUCAUUCUUGUGUGGUGGAAGUAAGAUAUAAUUGUUUCUCUCUA